AUGUUGGACUUCCUAGCUGAGAACAACCUCUGUGGCCAGGCCAUCCUCAGGAUCGUUUCCUGUGGCAAUGCCAUCAUUGCUGAGCUUUUGCGGCUCUCUGAGUUUAUUCCUGCCGUAUUCAGGCUAAAAGACAGAGCCGAUCAACAGAAAUAUGGAGAUAUCAUAUUUGAUUUCAGCUACUUUAAGGGUCCAGAAUUAUGGGAAAGCAAACUGGAAGCUAAGCCAGAGCUACAGGAUUUAGAUGAAGAAUUUCGUGAAAACAACAUAGAAAUUGUGACCAGAUUUUAUUUAGCUUUUCAGAGUGUGCAUAAAUACAUUGUAGACUUAAACAGAUAUCUGGAAGAUCUCAAUGAAGGUGUUUACAUUCAGCAAACCAUAGAAACUGUGCUGCUCAAUGAAGAUGGGAAACAACUUUUAUGUGAAGCGCUGUACCUGUACGGAGUCAUGCUGCUGGUCAUUGACCAAAAGAUUGAAGGGGAAGUCAGAGAGAGAAUGCUGGUUUCUUACUAUCGAUACAGUGCCGCUCGAUCUUCUGCUGAUUCAAACAUGGAUGAUAUUUGUAAGCUGCUCCGAAGUACAGGUUAUUCCAGCCAACCAGGAGCCAAAAGACCACCCAACUAUCCUGAGAGCUAUUUCCAGAGAGUGCCUAUCAAUGCAUCCUUCAUCAGUAUGGUCAUUGGUCGACUAAGAUCUGACGAUAUUUACAACCAGGUCUCAGCGUACCCGUUGCCGGAGCACCGCAGCACGGCCCUGGCAACUCAGGCCGCCAUGCUGUAUGUCAUUCUCUACUUUGACCCUUCCAUUCUCCAUACCCAUCAAGCAAAGAUGCGAGAGAUAGUGGAUAAAUACUUUCCAGAUAAUUGGGUAAUUAGCAUUUACAUGGGGAUCACAGUUAAUCUAGCUGAUGCUUGGGAACCUUACAAAGCUGCAAAAACUGCUUUAAACAAUACCCUGGACCUUGCAAAUGUCAGAGAACAGGCAAGCAGAUAUGCUACUGUCAGUGAAAGAGUGCACGGUCAAGUGCAUCAGUUUCUGAAAGAAGGUUAUUUAAGGGAGGAGAUGGUUCUGGACAACAUUCCAAGGCUUCUGAACUGCCUGCGAGACUGCAACGUGGCCAUCCGAUGGCUCAUGCUCCACACAGCAGACUCAGCCUGUGACCCAAACAACAAACGCCUUCGUCAGAUCAAGGACCAGAUCCUAACAGACUCGAGGUACAAUCCCAAGAUCCUCUUCCAGUUUCUGUUGGAUACUGCACAAUUUGAGUUCAUACUCAAAGAGAUGUUCAAGCAAAUGCUUUCCGAAAAGCAAGCCAAGUGGGAGCAUUACAAGAAGGAGGGCUCAGAGCGGAUGACGGAGCUUGCUGACGUCUUCUCGGGAGUGAAGCCCCUAACCAGAGUGGAAAAAAAUGAAAAUCUUCAAGCUUGGUUCAGAGAGAUCUCCAAACAAAUACAGUCUUUAAAUUAUGAUGACUCUACUGCUGCAGGCAGAAAAACUGUGCAACUGAUACAAGCUUUGGAGGAGGUUCAGGAAUUUCACCAGUUGGAAUCAAACCUGCAGGUGUGUCAGUUUCUGGCCGACACUCGCAAGUUCCUGCACCAAAUGAUCCGAACCAUCAACAUUAAGGAGGAGGUGCUGAUCACCAUGCACAUCGUGGGGGACCUUUCUUUCGCUUGGCAGUUGAUUGACAGCUUCACGUCUAUCAUGCAAGAGAGCAUAAGGGUGAACCCGUCCAUGGUUACCAAGCUCAGAGCUACAUUUCUAAAGCUCGCCUCUGCCCUGGACCUGCCCCUUCUUCGCAUUAAUCAGGCAAAUAGCCCUGACCUUCUCAGUGUGUCUCAGUAUUAUUCGGGCGAACUGGUGUCCUAUGUGAGAAAGGUUUUGCAGAUCAUUCCAGAAAGCAUGUUUACUUCGCUUCUAAAGAUCAUAAAGCUUCAGACCCACGAUAUCAUCGAGGUGCCCACCCGCCUGGACAAGGACAAGCUGAGGGACUACGCUCAGCUGGGCCCACGAUACGAGGUUGCCAAGCUGACUCACGCGAUUUCCAUUUUUACUGAAGGCAUCUUAAUGAUGAAAACGACUUUGGUCGGCAUCAUCAAGGUGGAUCCCAAACAGUUGCUGGAAGAUGGGAUAAGGAAAGAGCUCGUUAAACGUGUUGCUUUUGCUCUUCAUCGGGGAUUGAUCUUCAACCCUCGAGCCAAGACAAGUGAGUUGAUGCCCAAGCUGAAAGAGUUGGGAGCGACCAUGGACGGAUUUCACCGUUCUUUUGAAUACAUUCAGGACUAUGUCAACAUUUAUGCUCUGAAGAUUUGGCAGGAAGAAGUAUCUCGUAUUAUAAAUUACAAUGUCGAGCAGGAGUGUAAUAACUUCUUAAGAACAAAGAUUCAAGACUGGCAAAGCAUGUACCAGUCCACUCAUAUUCCAAUACCAAAGUUUACCCCUGUGGAUGAGUCUGUGACGUUCAUCGGUCGGCUCUGCAGAGAAAUCUUACGGAUCACAGACCCAAAACUGACAUGUCACAUCGAUCAGCUGAACACCUGGUAUGAUAUGAAAACGCACCAAGAAGUGACCAGCAGCCGCCUCUUCUCAGAAAUCCAGACCACGCUGGGCACCUUCGGGCUGAACGGGCUGGACAGGCUGCUGUGCUUUAUGAUCGUGAAGGAGCUCCAGAAUUUCCUCAGUAUGUUUCAGAAAAUCAUCAUGAGAGACAAAACUGUUCAGGAUACUUUAAAAACCCUCAUGAACGCUGUCAGCCCCGUCAAAAGCAUUGUGGCAAAUUCGAAUAAAAUUUAUUUUUCCGCCAUUGCCAAAACACAGAAGAUUUGGACAGCUUACCUGGAGGCUAUAAUGAAGGUUGGGCAGAUGCAGAUUCUGAGACAACAAAUUGCCAACGAAUUAAAUUACUCUUGUCGGUUUGACUCCAAACAUCUGGCAGCCGCCCUGGAAAAUCUCAAUAAGGCUCUCCUAGCAGACAUCGAAGCCCACUACCAGGACCCCUCCCUGCCUUACCCCAAAGAAGAGAACACCCUCUUGUAUGAAAUCACAGCCUACCUGGAGGCCGCUGGCAUUCACAACCCUCUGAACAAGAUAUACAUAACAACCAAGCGCCUACCCUAUUUCCCCGUUGUCAACUUUCUAUUUCUGAUCGCUCAAUUGCCAAAACUUCAGUACAACAAAAACCUAGGAAUGGUCUGCCGAAAACCUGCCGACCCCGUGGACUGGCCGCCGCUGGUCCUGGGGCUGCUCACCCUGCUGAAGCAGUUCCACUCGCGGUACACGGAGCAGUUCCUGGCGCUGAUCGGCCAGUUCAUCCGCUCCACAGUGGAGCAGUGUACCAGCCAGAAGGUCCCUGAAAUGCCUGCCGAUGUUGUGGGUGCCCUCCUGUUCCUGGAGGAUUAUGUUCGGUACACAAAACUACCCAGGAGGGUUGCUGAAGCACACGUGCCUAAUUUCAUUUUUGAUGAGUUCAGAACGGUCCUGUAA